UGUUCCCACCCGGAUCGCGCACUCUGUUGCAUCGAAAGCAUGGAAAUGUGUUUAGUGAAACAGAGAAACUGAAAAGCAGAAAAAUGGAGAGUAUAAGCGAUGGAAAAUGGGAUAGUUUACCAGUGAAACUUCACGACAGCAUACUGCUGACUCUGAAGAAGCUGGGCUUUAUUUACAUGACUCCAGUUCAGUCAGCAUGCAUCCCUCUCUUCAUGAGCAAUAAAGAUGUUGCAGCUGAAGCGGUUACAGGCAGUGGGAAGACUCUUGCUUUUGUCAUUCCUCUGCUAGAAAUCCUCCUGAAACGCGAGGAGAAGCUGAAGAAAAUGCAAGUUGGCGCUUUGAUCAUCACACCGACCCGAGAGCUGGCGAUCCAGAUCAGUGAAGUCGUGGGCCAGUUUCUUGAGGAAUUUCCUCAGUUCAGGCAGAUUCUUUUAAUUGGUGGAAGCAACCCCAUUGAAGAUGUCGAAAAGUUCAAGACCAAUGGGGCGAACAUCGUGAUUGGAACCCCUGGGCGGCUGGAGGACAUGUUCAGGAGGAAAGCUGAUGGCCUUGACUUGGCCAGCUGUGUGAAGGCUUUGGACGUGCUUGUUCUAGAUGAAGCUGACAGACUGUUGGACAUGGGCUUUGAAGCAAGCCUGAACACGAUUUUGGGCUAUUUGCCCAAGCAGAGGCGCACAGGCCUUUUCUCAGCAACGCAGACUCAGGAGCUGGAGAAGCUGGUGAGGGCUGGCCUCCGAAACCCGGUCCGUAUCACGGUGAAGGAGAAAGGAGUGGCAGCUACUAGCGUGCAGAAGACACCAGCGAGGCUUAGUAACUACUACACAAUCUGUAGAACAGAAGACAAGUUUAACACGCUGGUGGCUUUCCUGAGACAACACAAACAUGAGAAGCAGCUCGUCUUCUUCAGCACAUGCGCUUGCGUGGAGUAUUUCGGCAGAGCGCUGGAGGUCUUUAUCAAAAACGUCACCAUUCUUUGUAUCCAUGGCAAGAUGAAGGACAAGCGGAACAAGAUCUUCUCUGAGUUUCGGGAAUUAAAGAGUGGGAUACUCGUGUGCACUGAUGUGAUGGCAAGAGGCAUCGACAUCCCGGAUGUGAACUGGGUGCUACAGUACGAUCCUCCCAGCAGCGCGAGUUCUUUUGUGCAUCGAUGUGGCCGAACUGCUCGUAUCGGAAACCGAGGCAACGCUCUGGUCUUUCUCCUGCCAAUGGAGCAAUCCUACAUCAGUUUCCUGUCUAUCAAUCAAAAAUGUCCUCUCCAGCCAUAUCCUCGUGUGAAGGACGUAGUGGACGUGUUGCCCAAACUGAAGGCUCUGGCUCUAGGGGACAGGGCCGUGUUUGAGAGAGGAAUGAAGGCGUUCGUCUCGUUUGUCCAGGCUUACGCAAAGCACGAGUGCAGCCUGAUAUUCCGGCUCAAAGAUCUGGACUUUGCCGCUUUAGCUCGAGGCUUUGCUCUUCUUCGUAUGCCCAAGAUGCCUGAGUUGAGAGGCAAGACGUUCCCCGACUUUGAAGAGAUCACAGACACGGACUCCAUCCGCUUCAAGGACAAGAACCGAGAGAAACAGAGGCAGAAAUCAUUACAGGAGCAAAAGGAAAAGGAAAAGCAGGCACCAUCCCUAAAAAAGAACUUCAUUAGGAACAAAGCCUGGUCCAAGCAGAAAUCCAAGAAGGAUAAGAAGCGGAAGAUGGCUGCCAAAAGGAAGAUGAAUGAGGGAUCAGACAUGGAGGAUGAGGACAUUGACGAGCUUUUGAGCGACACACGUCUACUGAAGAAGCUGAAGAAGGGCAAAAUUAGCGAGGAAGACUUUGAUAAGGAAAUGAGUGCUGGAAGAAAUUCAAAGCAUAAAAGAGCAGGUCCCUCUCACGAGGACAGCGCAGAAGGAGAGAGUGAAUGAACACACAAACCUGGACUGUACUUCAGAUUUCAAUUCUGCUGAGAUGUCAUUGUGCUGCAUCAGCACAGGCAAAAAUUCAUACAACUUUGUGGUUUCACAUUUGUUAUUGUUGUAUAUCAGCAUCUAUAAUUAUUAAAGCCUGUAGGAUUUCUGUAGUGAGAAGAAUACUGUAUAUGUAUUGCAGAAACCGGAUUUUGUAAACAACAUUUUAAGAAUUUGACAUUUGAUUCUUAUCAUUUCAUGCAGUCUCAAAAGAGGCUUUUCUGUAAUGUCAAUUUAAACGUGUCUUUCGUUGAAAGGGGGGUGAGAACGCAUCUUAUAGGGCAGAGUUGCAUUCGCAGAAUAUCUUGUGCAGAAUAAAUGUCCAUGUAUUUACAUUACUUUAUGGUGUGACAGUUUUUCUAUAAUUCCUAAUAAUCAGUAGAUUUGGUUAGAGUACACAAAAUGCAACAGUUAUUUAAAUCAACAUUAGCUAGACAUGAAUUGCGUAACAGUAGUAGCCCUCUAAGAGAACUCCCAGUUUGGGUGAAAGGGCUUAUUUCACAGUCCACAGUCCAAUUUUGUAAUGAAAACAAAACCUUUAGGACAAAAUUAAGACAAACAUUUUAUACCAACAAGACAGUAACUGUAGUGUGUCAGGUUUCUUGUUUCAUUAUAUUACAAGCAGCAGUUUUUCUUGAUAUGUGUUUCAAGUCUGCCUGAUAUCAUAAAAUCCUCUGUUGUCAUAGCAACCUAAAAAACCAAGAGGUGUAUUACGUUUUCUCUUAAACUAAUUUUGUGUUCAUUUUCUUCUUGUUGCAAGACAUACAAAUUAAAUUUUUUAGCUUCCAGGAAUAAUAAUAGCCAAAAUAACAGUAAUAACAACAACAAUAACUAUUAUUAUUGUUACGACUGUAGGUGAAUUGUAGAAUGGAGGUACAAUUAUUUUUCAUUUAAAAACAAUGGAAGAUGCAAAUUUUGCACUCGGAUAUAUUGUGUAUUUCACAUGUAUUGUGUAAAUCACAAUAAAAGAUACUUGGUGGUGUUA